AUGUUCGUUUACCCGCUUCUCGCGGUAACAAGUCUGCUGCUAUUCAUGUCAAUCAAAGACCGUCGGUUGUGGCAAGGUAUGCCACCAGGUCCAAAGCCGCUCCCUUUCUUCGGAAAUCAGCAUCAACUCGCCAAGUCGAAACCGUGGAUCCAAUUCGAACGCUGGUCUGAGAGCUUUGGGCCUAUAUUCACCAUCUGGAUUGGCCGGCGACCAACGCUGGUUCUCUCGGAUCCCCACAUUGCACAGGAACUUUUGGAAAAGAGAAGCACAAAGUACUCAUCCCGUCCUCGAAUGGUUGCUAUGGGUGAAUUGUUGUGGAAAGGUGCUAGCAUCCUAGUACAGCCUUACUCGAAGGCAUGGAGUGUUCGAAGGAAGCUGCUUCAUCAAACCUUGAUGCCUAAGGCUUUGCAGGAAUAUAUUCCAAUCCAGGAGGCUGAAGCAACUCGCCUUUGUUGCCAACUCGUUCAAGACUCGAAGAGCUGGGAAAAGCAGUUUGAGCGGUUCACUAGCAGCGUUGUUUUCGCCAUUGCGUACGGGCACCGAAUUGAUUCCCUGAAAUCAAACGUCAUCAAGCAGCGUUUCGACUUUAUGAAGUAUUCCGCUAGUCUGAAUGUUCCUGGGAAAUAUUUAGUCGAGUCCAUACCAGCUCUGAAGCACCUACCAAAUUUGAUAGCGCCAUGGAAACGGGAGAUCGAGGAGCACGGCAAAAAGGAAGCUGAUGCAAAUCUGGCGCUAGUAAACGCUGUCCGGUCAGAUAUCGAGCACGCGAAAGCAUCUGGAAAUCUGGCUACACUACCAAAGUCGUUAUGCCGAAUGCUACUAGAAAUACGUGAGAGGGAGGCUGAUGAAUUUGCUCUCUCUGACCGUGACUUUUCUUUUAUUCCAGCGUCUCUGUUUGGCGCCGGCGCCGACACCACUGCUUCAACACUCUGCAGUGCCGUUCUUGCAUUUGUUACCCACCCAGAUGCUGUCUAUCGUGCACAAAAGGAGCUAGACGCAGCUGUUGGUCCUGACAGAAUUCCGACAUUCGCGGAUCAGUCCAAACUUCCAUACAUCUCCGCCGUUGUGAAAGAGGUUCUACGGUGGCGGCCAGUGGCUGUUCUUGGGGGUACGCCUCACGCGAGCACAGAGGAUGAUACGUAUAACGGUUUCUUUAUUCCUAAGGGUACCACGGUACUGAGCAACUCAUGGGCAAUCAGCAUGAACCCCAAAUACUAUCCGAACCCACAUGUUUUCGAACCCCGACGUUUUCUCGGUCUAGAAGCUGGUGGCUCCGCUGAGUUCCAAGGUCUAUCGUCACACCCUUCAAAGUCAGGACACUCUUCCUUUGGUUGGGGUCGCCGGAUUUGCCCUGGUGCGGACUUGGCGUCAAAUUCACUUUUCAUAGCUUUGGCGAAGCUUCUUUGGGCGUUUAACAUUUCUCCAAUGCACGGUGUCCAGUACGAUAUUUUCAAUUACACUGACGGCUUCAACAUACGACCGCGAAGCUUCCAAUGCAAUAUAGAGGUCAGAGAUGAGGCUCGAGAACAUGUGGUCACGAAAGAGCUUAGAGGAGCAAAUGACUUUCUCGAAAGGUUUCCUGCUUUUGAUUGA